AUGACACACAGCCUUUAGCAGGCUUAUGCAACACACUGGAGUAUCAAAUAUUUAAUUCACCCACCACAUGUCUCAUGCUCCGUUGUGGACUGCCGUGGCCCAACCCCUGCUGUAGAUUUCAUUAUUGCUUUCCGUGAUGUCAUUUCACCGAGGUGGACAAUAGCUGUGGGGAAAAGAAAAUGAAUUUAGAGGUGAGCUGCUAAAUCAGACUUGGACUAACGGCAGUACUGAGACGCUCAGCACGUGUGAAACACCCAGUAGCCUGCACAGCAAACACACCAAGAUGAACCAAGAUGUUGAUGAAAAGAGGCUGCGUACUCGCUCAAAGGGAAUCAGAAUUCCUGUGGAGCCUGUGGGACAGGAUAUAAGCUGCCCAACUCCAGGAUGCAAUGGCUCAGGACAUGCCAGUGGAAAAUACGCACGGCACAGAAGUUCACAAGGCUGCCCUUUAGCCAAGAAAAGGAAAAUUCAGGACACUGAUUCUGAUCAACCUCUGACCAAAAGGAAAUCCCAUCCUUUGAAACUUGCCUUGGAUGAAGGUUAUAAUGGAGACAGUGAUGGUGUGGAUGAUUUAGAGAUAAAAGAGGAAUCAAUUGUGGAUGAAUCAGAAGAAGCACUUGAAGUUGAAGAAGAAAUAGAAGAUGAAGAAGAAGAAAGAAAUAUGGAAGAAACUGAAAGAGCAGAAUUAGUACCAGAGGUAAGGCAUAAAGGGCUAGAUGAUAGACCUUACUGGGAGGAUGGAGCCAAGAAUGUCAGCACUCGAAAAGACGAUUUUAUUAGCUAUCAGGAAUUAGUUGCCAAAUCACUUCUAAAUCUUGGCAAAAUAGUGGACGAUACUGCCAUUCCAUCACUCCCAGACAAAAAGUCAAGUAACAGCGAGCCGCAACCUAAUGAGACUUGCAUUUAUAUGAAAGACAGCAUGCAUCAGGAAGCAACCGAAGAAGAAAGUGAUUCUGGGAAGGAAAUUAUUGAAAGUGAGCCUGUAACUGAAGAUUCUGAAUGUGAAAAGGAAAUUGACCAGGAUCAUGACUCAGCUGAAGAGCACGCUGGCAAAGAUAUGCUUCCAUCUGCUGAUGAAGCAAAUGAAGAAGAAAGUAAAGAACUAAAGGACUCCACUGAUUCCACUCACUGUAGUGAGCAGACAAUUGUUUUCCAUCAACAGUUUGAUGAAGCUGAUAAACAGGAUGUGGAGGAGAACAAGACCACAGAUGUGCAAUGCAAGGACAGUGCUGAAGUAGUCAUGCAGGUAGCACAAGAGACAGAACAUGAAAUUCGUUGUGAAGGACAACCAAAGUCAGAAAACUCAGCCUAUGCAGAGGACAGUGUGGAGGAGUGCACUGAUGAGAGCAAAAGUUUACACCCAAAGCCUGCAAUAACUGAAGAGUCUGAAAUGUAUGACAUGAUGACAAAAGGAAAUCUUGGGCUCCUUGAGCAGGCCAUUGCCUUGAAAGCUGAGCAGGUGAAGAUGAAAAGAGAAGAUCUAAGCAGAGAGUCCAGGAUAUCAGUGGAACAAAUGAGGCAUAUCCAGAUUGAGGACAAGCCAAACAAAUCUUUGGAUUCCAUCAGGAAGAGUCUUUAUAGCAAAGAUCCCUCAAGACCAGAGAAAAGGGAAAUCAAGUGCCCUACCCCCGGCUGUGAUGGUACCGGUCACGUGACAGGAUUGUAUCCACACCAUCGUAGUCUUUCAGGAUGCCCGCACAAGGAUAAAAUACCUCCAGAAAUCCUCGCCAUGCAUGAAAAUGUUCUCAAGUGUCCCACACCAGGCUGCACAGGACAGGGACAUGUCAAUAGCAACCGAAACACACACAGGAGCCUUUCAGGAUGUCCUAUUGCUGCUGCUGAGAAGCUAGCAAAAUCUCAUGAGAAGCAACAUAACAACGAAUCUCCUAAAAGCAGCCAAAGUUCUGACCGAGUGUUAAGGCCGAUGUGCUUUGUGAAACAGUUGGAGAUUCCGCACUACAGCUAUAGACCUAAUAUGCUGCCAGUUACCCCUCGUGCUAACCUAGCAAAGGAGUUGGAGAAGUAUUCCAAGGUCACAUUUGAUUAUGCUAGUUUUGACGCACAAGUUUUUGGGAAACGUGUGAUUGCUCCAAAACUUCAAACAUCUGAAAGCUCACCGAAAACCUAUAAAUCAAAACCAUUCUCAAAGGCCUCCUCACCCAGUCACAGUAUGUCUACCAACUAUGUUAAAAGCUCAUCCUCAUCCAGUAACUAUGACUAUGCUCAUGAAGCCGAAGCUGCACAUAUGGCUGCUACAGCUAUCCUCAAUCUAUCAACACGUUGUUGGGAAAUGCCGGAGAAUCUAAGUACCAAGCAUCAAGACCACCCCACUAAGAACAUGGACAUUGAGGUAGAUGAAAAUGGAACUCUGGACCUCAGUAUGAAUAAGAAACGAAAAAGAGAGAAUGUGUUUUCAGCUUUAAGUUCCAGUGUGAGGUCAGCUGAGUUAUCAUCCUCCUACCUUCAUGGAAGCAGCAGCACAUGUAGCAGUGUAAUGGGUUCUCCGCAGUCAAGUCAAACAUCUAAACAAGAUGAAUUUGAUGGCCCUAUUGACUACACAAAGCCUAGCAGACAAAGGGAAGAAGAAUCUGAGGAGAUGGAACCUGCCACCUCUUCAUUCCCUUCCUCAGAAGCAGGAGAUCUGGAAGUAAUGGAUGAAAGUAUGGAAGAUAAAAAAUACCCAGGGGAAGUCACAAGUUCCAGUCUGAAACUGAAAUUUUCAUGCAAAGAUGCCAAGAAAGAAUUAAUAACCUGUCCAACUCCUGGAUGUGAUGGCAGUGGUCACAUCACUGGAAAUUAUGCCUCACACCGCAGUCUUUCUGGUUGUCCUUUGGCAGAUAAAAGUCUAAGAAACUUAAUGGCUGCUCACUCUUCAGAACUCAGGUGCCCAACUCCUGGUUGUGAUGGAUCAGGUCAUGUGACAGGGAACUAUACUUCUCACAGAAGUUUGUCAGGUUGUCCACGUGCUAAGAAAAGUGGACAGAAAUUGACUCCUACCAAGGAUGAUAAGGAGGAUCCUGAGCUCAUGAAAUGUCCUGUUCCUGGAUGUGAUGGGCUCGGGCAUGUAAGCGGCAAGUAUGCAUCACAUCGCAGUGCAUCUGGCUGUCCUUUGGCUGCUCGCAGACAGAAGGAAGGAUUCCACAAUGGGUCACCAUUUACUUGGAAACCUGUGAAAGGAGAUGGGCCAGCCUGUCCAACCCCAGGGUGUGAUGGGUCGGGGCACGCUAACGGGAGUUUCCUUACACAUAGAAGUCUUUCUGGCUGUCCAAGGGCUACUUUGGCCAUGAAGAAAGCAAAAUUCUCAGGGGAGGAUCUACUAACAACAAAAUUUAGAGCUAGUGAUGCAAUAGAGAAUGAUGAAGAAAUUAAACAGCUCGACAAAGAGAUCAGUGAACUGAAUGAAUCCAACACAGAAAUGGAAUCCAAUAUGGUGAAGUUGCAAUCACAGAUUUCCAGCAUGGAAAAAAAUUUGAAAACUAUCGAGGAUGAAAAUAAAGUAAUUGAAGAACAAAAUGAAGCCUUAUUUAAAGAGCUGGCAGGGUUGAGUCAAGCCCUAAUUCGUAGCCUUGCUGACAUCAAGCUGCCUCAAAUGCAGGAACCAAUCAGCGAACAGAAUUUUGACACCUAUGUUAAUACCCUCACAGAUAUGUAUACUAAUAUGGAAUGCUACCAGAACCCAGAAAAUAAAGCACUACUGGAGAGCAUUAAACAAGCUGUAAAGGGCAUUCAGGUCUGAAAAAAACACUGUAUAUGAACUGUUCAAGUAUGCUGUAAAUACAGUACAUUUGUGAUUGAUAUUGGUUUAGAAAUAUUUAUAGCAAUUACGAACAUAGAAAUUGCACUUGUUUAGAACAAGUAGUCCGUAACCUUAUUGUGUAAAUUUUAAAAUAACGUUUAAAUUGAAUCUGGAAAGCAAAUAUGUAAACUAUUCUGUAUGUUGACUCUUCCUAUUUAUUUAAUGUUUGUCUAUUUAUUUAACUUUGUUUUUAAUCCAGAUAAAGCUAAAUUUUUUAAAAAAAAACAUGUUUCUGGAGUGCAUGAAAACAAUAAUAUUUUAUGUUGCUCCGGUUUAAGCUGUUUUAUGAAGUUAACACAAGUCAAGUUAUUUUUGUAUUGUAUUAUUUAUUAUUUUAUUAAUGUGAUUUAUUCCCUUUUUAUGUGGAGUGAGAAUAUUUUAUAACUGACAUGUUUUGAUAAUUUUUCAGAAAAUAUUCUGAUUUUAUUAAUAUUUUUUCCUAUUCAUGAAAAUAUUUUUCAGACAUUUGCCACCACUGAAGCAAAACAAUGAAUUAACUACUAUUUAUUUGAUAUUUAAGCAAAUUAAUUUAAAGAGUCCUUACUAUAAUACUUAAGAGCCAUUUUUUGUGAUUGCCGUAUAUUUAUUUUAUAAGUCUACGUGUCUGUUAUGUGACAUUGGAUUUGAGGUCAGCAUAGUCUGCGAACUUAAAUGUAUUGUAGAAUGAUGCAGUUAGAAACCUUCCUCUGAAUAAUUUGAACAGUUUCCAAAAAUGAAAUGAUAAGAAAUUUUAAUAUGGGACGUUUACAGCCUUUUUACAGCAAGAGCAGGUUUACAGAAUUACAUUGUGGUUCUGGUUCAUUAUUUCUCCAUUGGACAAAAUAAAACAGAUAAGAAAGUCAUUGGAGUAAACCACUCAUCAUUUCUAGGACAGUAACUACAAAAGAAAAGAGCAAUUGCAGACUUCUGUACAAUGUACUGGAGUCCUGCUGUAGUUUUAACACAUUCCAGAUAUUGAACUGUGUUUGACUUUGUUGAAGUCUCAGGUCAUUAACACUUGGGAUCAGGGCAUUAGUGGCAUUCUUGCCUCACUGAAAGUUAUGUAAUUUAUAAGUUAUGUUUGUAAAUCAGAAAAAAACUGAACUUUUUUGCAGUGCUGAGUAUUGUAAUUAUUUACUGAAGUAAGCACUGUUCAAACACUGUUUUAGUGCAAUUUUUGUUGUGAUUGUGCAUCAAAAUGUAUGUAUCUAUGUUUAAAGACAAAAUUACUGUUUACUCAUAUAAAUACUUACAUCUUGUUGUUCCAUCUGCAUAAUGAAAUAAAACAAAACUAAUAAAAAAUUUUGAUGAGCCUAAUACUUAAGAAUCAUGUUUCAUGUGCAGUUUAAGUUAUCUUUUUGUUUUCUUUCAUUAUUGGUGUAUUUUAGUAAUAAUUCUCACUGAAGACAUGGCACCUGUUUUAUAACAAGAAG